UGGAUAUUUUACACUCUUUGGAUUCGAGGACUCUUCCUGUCUAUCAUGUUGACGUGGCAAUUGUGGUGUACUUUAUUAUGUGUUUUGUGGAUUUAUUUUUUGUGGUCACGUCGCAGAUUCUAUCGGCUAAUAUUCCAAAUACCUGGGCCACUAGGUUAUCCCUUAGUUGGCAUGGCACACAAGCUGUUCCAUAAGGAAGAUGUGCUGCAGGUGCUUAAACACUAUUUGGAUAAACAUGGACAAUUCUUUUUUUCUUGGCUGGGUCCGAUGCCAUUUUUAAUCGUCAAAGAUCCCAAAAUUAUACAGGAUAUUUUCAACUCACCGCAUUGUGUUAACAAGGGCAUCAUCUAUCUAGCAAUAGAUGAUGCCAAUGGCCAAGGAUUAUUUAGCAAGCCAGAGCCCCUUUGGAGUGUGCAUCGAAAAUUACUGAAUCCAGCAUUUGGCCACAAGUUGCUGGUUAGUUUUGGGCCUAUUUUCAAUGCAGAGUCUGCAUCGCUGUUGAAAACUUUGGAACCAUUGGUGGAUGAUGGCGAAAAUAACUUGAUACCAUUGCUGCAGAGUUUUACGUUGAAUAUAGCAACUCAAACCACAAUGGGAACUGAAGUGAAGUAUAGUGAAUACAUAAGGAGCAACAAACUGCUCGAAGCUUUUCAUAGUCUUUUGGAAGCCGCGACAGAUAUGUGUUUUUCACCCUGGUUGCUUAGUAAAACGAUUCGUCAACUAUUGGGCAGAGAGAAACAAUAUUCUAAAAUCAAGUCACAGAUAAGUGAUUUCAUCAGAAAGAUUAUAGAAGCGAAACUGACAAAGGGUUCUCAAGCUCCGCCACUGCCGGAGGACAAGAAUAUAUUUCUAAAUCUAGCUACAGAUUUGAUGAAUCGUGGAAUCUUUACCACACAGGAUGUCCAAAACGAAUCGAGUACCAUUGUAUUUGGUGCUUUUGAGACAACAGCUAAUACGGUGGCGUACACAUUGAUAUUGCUUGCCAUGUUUCCCGAGUAUCAAGAGAAGGCCUUUGAAGAGAUUCGCACAUUGUUUCCCAAUACAGGAGACUUUGAAGUUACCUACGGCGAUACCCAGAAUAUGACUUAUAUGGAUCUUAUACUCAAUGAGUCAAUGCGAGUUUUGACUCCAGUUCCAAUUGUUGCGCGACAGACAAUGCAGGAUGUGCGACUUUCCAAUGGCAUUGUUUUACCAAAAGGAGUUCAAAUCGGUAUAGACAUCUUUCACCUGCAUCGCGAUAAGAAUAUUUGGGGGGAAAAUGCGGAAACUUUUGAUCCAGAACAUUUUCUUCCCCAUCAUAUGCAGGAUAAGCAUCCGUAUUCGUUUAUUCCCUUCACAAAGGGAAUACGCAAUUGCAUAGGUUGGCGAUAUGCCUUAUUAUCGUCAAAAAUAACAUUGGCGAAAUUGCUGAGGAAUUACAAAUUCUCGACCAGCUUUAAAUUUGAAGAUCUUGACUUUGUUGAGGAUAUAACUUUGAAAUUGAGGAAAGUGCCCUUGCUGGAAGUGCAAAAACGAUAGUAUAAAGCGAUAUAUACAGAUUUAUUCAAUAAAAUUUAUUGUCUACAUUUACUUAUUGUUAUUAAAACGUAUGAGAAAUGUACUUGACGGACAGACAAAGGGUUUUACAUAAAGGGUUUUUGUUAAGAAACAGUCUGUGUAUGGUAUAUUUUGAACGUAAGGAAUAUUAUAAAUAUACUGCUUGAUAUAUAUUUGGUUCAUAUAUAAAUUUAUUUCAAAUUAAACAAAUUUUGUAUCAAUACUGCAAUUUUUUAAGAACAACAAAAGCUUC